GCCAGAUCUGCGUGCACCAAUAACAGCCGGUGCUUGUGCCCAUGCCGCUUCGCUUUCCUACGUCAUAUUUCUGAAAAAUGCAUUGACCUGCGGAUUUCCGCCAGGUACCGGCGAGAUUGUCUGGGAAUCCUAAACCCAGCCAUCUCCGCGCUCCGCGCUCAGUUCACGUACCCAGCUAGAUGCAGUUCACAACAGGUUCAGCUGUGCUCGCUACCUACGAUGAACCCUCGUUCUUCGAUGUGAGGGUCGUCUGCUCAUGUCUUUAGUUGCUACUGGCUGACGCGCCAAAGUAUGCUGUGAGCAGCCUACGUGAGGUAUAAUGCACUCAAUCGCUCCGACGGUCACUAUCCGUUGGUUUUCCUUCGACAGUUCUGCUUCUCUAUCCUAGAGAGAGACCAUGGCCGCCCGAAAUCCCUUUCGCAUUCGGAAUGUGUUCGUCCUGGUGGGCUUCAUUUGGAUAGCCAUCUUCCUGAUAUGGAACCAAGAUGUAGUCCGCACCGUCAAGACCUCCGCUAUAACGAGCAUCACAGAGACCUCUCAAGCUCCAGUCUCAAGCUCCGGUGAAGUAGCUUCUGCUUCACUUCCAGAUGCAGCGUCAAACAAACCUGUCGUCAACAACAACCUGCAAAACCUACAGGUAUCUUCCAGCACAAUCAAGUCGAUCCUCGCGGCUCCCGCACCGGUAACACACAACCUCGAACUGACCAUCUCGCACCACGAAAUGGCCCCUGACGGAGUCAUUAAGAAAAUGACCCUCAUCAACGGCCUCUUCCCCGGCCCCAUCAUCCGCGCGCGGAAGGGCGACCGUCUCCGCAUCCGCGUGACGAACGACCUCGACAACUUCGACGAGAGCACAAGUCUGCAUUUCCACGGCCUGCACCAGCGCGGCACGAACGUGAUGGACGGCGUCCCCGGCGUGACGCAGUGCGGUAUUCCGCCCGAGUCAAGCGAGUUUGUGUAUGAGUUUGAUCUCGCGCAGUCCGGCUCGUUCUGGUAUCAUUCGCAUUCGCGCCUGCAGCGCGUCGAUGGCGCGUUUGGUGGGUUGGUGGUCUAUGAUAAUGACGAGUCGUACCAGAUCGAGCGCGACUACGACGAGGAGAUUUACAUUGUCUUGCACGAUCACUACCAUGCGGAAGGAAAAGAGUUGUUUGAUUGGUAUCUCGGCGAGCAGAGCAGCGGCUUCGAACCUGUCCCUGACAGCGGCCUUGUGAACGGUGCCGGACACGUCGACUGCGACCGCGUCCGCAGGAAGCACUCAUGCGACUCUCCUCCUCGAAAACGCCCGAUGUUCCAAUUCGAGCGCGGCAAACGCUACCGUCUACGGAUCCUCAACGCCUCUGCGUUUGCUGAAAUCACAAUGUCGAUCGACGACCACGAGAUGGAUAUCAUCGAAGUGGACUCGACCGAGGUCGAACGCUACUCCGUUCACAUGCUCACGAUCGCGCCCGGCCAGCGAUACUCGACCAUCGUCCUCGCGGACUCGGUGCUGGAGGCGGUGAUGAUGCGGUUGCAGAUCCAGACUAGUUGCUUCCAGUACCGUCCGCCUGCGCUCGACAAGGAUUUCGAUACCGUGAUCAAAUACGUGACGCCGGAGACGUCGUCCGUCUCGCGGUUUGUUAAGAAGCUGCUGAAGCGAGACCAGGCGGAUGUCGAGAUCGAAGGAGACUCGUACGAUCCGGCGGAGGUCGACUCGAUCAGCUGGGAGGACGCGCUUCCGGAAGCUGAAUGCAUCGAUAUCGACGAGACAAAGCUCGUGCCGAUCAAGUCGGCGUCGGUGCCGGACUUUACCGUCCGCUACAAGAUCUCGCCCAAGACUCUGAAUCUCGAGCGCGUGCAGCAGGCUCCGUUCGGGUUCAUCAACCGCACUACGUUCCAGCCCGCGAUCGGCGCGCCUAAUAUCCAGGUUGCGUUUGGAAAAGCCAACAUCCUAGACACCGUCACGGUCCCGACUGUGACCGGCCGAGAUAACGACCCCGUAUGGGGCGGUGCGCAGCUCGUUACGCAGAUUCCGCACGGCGCGGUGGUCGAGAUGGUGAUCAACAACAGCGACGACAACGCGCACCCGUUCCAUCUUCACGGGCAUGACUUCUGGGUCUUGAGAUCGUACGGCGAACGCGUGGCAGGCGAAGGACGGUGGCGCGAGGAGUAUGCUGAGAAAUACAAUACCGAGAACCCGAUCCUGCGCGACACUGUCACGAUUCCGCGCCGCGGCCAUGUAGUCAUUCGCUUCGUGGCGGAUAACCCGGGAAUAUGGGCUUUCCACUGCCAUAUUGCGUGGCAUUUGGCGGCGGGGAUGUUGAUGCAGUUUGCGACGGGGCUGGAUAAGUUUAAUCCGGAUUCGAUCAGCGAUAUCAUGCUGGAUCAUUGUGCUAUGGAACGGGAUCUGGGGGAAAGAUUGCUGAGGCCGUUGCCGGGCGAUGAGUAUCGGCAGCGGAAGCAGAAUAAGCAGGGAAACCCGCAGGACCCUGAGGAUUAAAAGCGCUAUACGGUGUAAGGAAAAGAAAAAUAGAGAUUGCUUUUUUGGGAAAACGUUUAAUAAAGAACAUAAUCAAAC